UCCUGUGAUUAUUAAUGACUUAAGUGCUGAAAUUCUGACAUCAUUUUUUUUCCUUUUUAUAGGCAAGAGCUGUUUUGGCAAAAGUUGGCUAUCCUGAGUUUAUAAUGAAUGAUACUCACAUUAAUGAAGACCUCAAGGCAAUCAAGUUUUCAGAAUCUGACUACUUUGGCAACGUCCUGCAAACCCGCAAGUAUUUAGCACAGACUGAUUUCUUCUGGCUGAGAAAAGCUGUUCCCAAAACAGAGUGGUUUACAAAUCCAACGACUGUCAAUGCCUUCUACAGUGCAUCCACCAACCAAAUCCGAUUUCCAGCAGGAGAACUCCAGAAGCCUUUCUUUUGGGGAACAGAAUAUCCUCGAUCUCUGAGUUAUGGUGCUAUAGGAGUAAUUGUUGGACAUGAAUUUACACAUGGAUUUGAUAAUAAUGGUCGAAAAUAUGAUAAAAAUGGAAACCUGGAUCCUUGGUGGUCUAUGGAUUCAGAAGAAAAGUUUAAGGAAAAAACAAAGUGCAUGAUUAACCAGUAUAGCAACUAUUAUUGGAAGAAAGCUGGCUUAAAUGUGAAGGGGAAGAGGACACUGGGAGAAAAUAUUGCCGAUAAUGGAGGGCUGCGACAAGCUUUUAGGGCUUACAGAAAAUGGAUAAACGAUAAGAGGCAGGGAGUUGAGGAGCCUCUCCUACCAGGCAUUGAAUUCACCAACAACCAGCUUUUCUUCAUGAGUUAUGCUCACGUGAGGUGCAAUUCCUACAGACCAGAAGCUGCUCGAGAACAAAUCCAAGUUGGUGCUCACAGCCCCCCUCAGUUUAGGGUCAAUGGUGCAGUUAGCAACUUUGAAGAAUUCCAGAAAGCUUUUAAUUGUCCAUCCAAUUCUACAAUGAACAGAGGCGCAGAAUCCUGCCGACUCUGGUAGCAGGACUGUUGGUUCCUGCCAUCCUGAGAGAGCUGCGUGGUGCUCAUCACCUACUGCUUUAGGCCUAUGUUCCCCUGAAGAUGUUUAUUGUAACGCAUCUUUGGUAUUUGGGUAUUGCUUAGAUCUAAACAUUAUUCAAAGUUGUAAGACUUAAAAAAAAUGGAAUACAAAAAAUCGAAUCACAUAUGUUUCUUUAGAAAGCCAAUUAAGUCUCCAGGCUGCUUUUGUUAAAAUGUUGUUUGCUGAAUUGUUGCUGUUGUCCAGUUUAGUGUAUAAGUUGCAGCUAAGUGGUAGGUACCAUUUUAAUCUACAGCUUUGCAGGGGCCCUAUAGGUAGAAUAUAUCCAGAAAAAAAAUCAGCCUAUUACACUAGCAACCCUCAGUGGUGUGGACAUGUGCGAGGCUACCUGGGAGGUCUUCCUGUACUGUCUGAUUUCCUGCACCAUCCCGUCAUAGCAUUGAUUAACUCUAAGGUGGUUAAGUCAGAAAUAGGUUGAAUCCUUAUUUGACAGUAUUUGAUGAAGUUCUGGCCUUCAGCUUUGGAGUCUCUUGGGAUGAAAACACGCCUCAUAGCCUGUAUCUGAUGUAGCCCACUGCCCUGUUCAAGUCAUAAUGAACAAAGCUGGCUGAAAAGACUGCUUGGUGAAGGCUUGAGUUUAUCAAAUAGUAAGACAAGGCUGUAUCUGUAAGCCCCAGAAGAAGUCAAAACUCCUAGUCAUGCAACUGCAGGCACAGUAGGAAACAAAAUCUCCAAAAUUUGAUCUAUUCUGUUCAAACCUUGGCAAUUAAGUCGUCUGCUAGAUGCUUCUCUUCAGUCUAAUUUCUGGUUGUCUUGUUAUCCUCAUAUAUGUGCAUUCUCCUGUUUCUGAAAUGAGUAGGCAUAAAAAAAAUGAUUUUCUAAUUCCCUAUUAGGAACGUAUGGCUUUCCUUCCCCUUGAGUGCAAAGGGACAAACCCCACAUUGAGGCUCAGUUACCUCUUUUAAAAAUCCUUUUUGAAAAAUUUCUUGAUUAAAGACAUGUUAGAAUCUAUUGACUGAAUUUAAACUUCCCUGCAUAGUCCAAAGAAACAUAAUGUUUACUCUUCAAGACUUCUUCUAAAGAGUUUAUAAGAAAAAGCAUUACUAUGUUUUCGAUCCUCAGAACUCUGUCCUUUCAAGGAAACUAUUCCAUGUCUUAUUAGAGAGUGUGUCUGCAGGAUAAAAUUGUAACAGCCUUAAAGUGCUUACCUGGCAUUUUUGCUUUUUGAAAUAGCCAUCCCCCCUUCCCAUUAUUCCUUGUACGUGUGGUUCUAGGUUAAGCUGGUCAAUAGGAAAAUCUCAAAAGCAUAAUGACAAAUUCAGGCUAACCAUAGGAAGCCAUUUUACAUCCCUGGGAUUUGUCAUUAAACAAUGUGUGUAUGUGUGUGUGUGUGUGUGCGCGCACACACUAUGUCCUUUUGUAACUAUGGGAAUGUAGGGGAGAAAAAUGCAGGGGCACCAUCAUGAGGAAAACAAUUUCAGUGCAUUCAUCAGUGGAGAGUGAUUUUCCCCUUGACUUCCUCCUCUCUGAAUCGAUAAACUCCUGAAGGGCAGCUACCUUUUCCGCCUUAACCAUGACUUGAUAUCACCUUAGUUUGCAUUUUCAAAAAAGCAGUUAAGGGUGCUGGAAACCUCCAUGUCUUUUCUCUAGAGGAAUCAUUCUGAUUUAGUUUAGACUUAGAAGAUUCUCCUUGUUUCAUUCCUAUAUCUGGACAUUUAAAAUCAGCUGAAGUUUUUAAGGCUUACAUAAACAGCAUAUUAAACACAUUCCUGCCGGUCAGAGAAAGUGUUUGAUAAAAGCGUAGAAUUAUGGCUUUGGAAAUGGGACUUGUUCAGUCACUUAAUGGUUUAGGAAAACUGGUUGGUGAACAGUUGAGGCCUGCACAGUUUCUAAGUGAUAUGGCUACUUGUCUUGACUAACUUUACUUGAUGUAACUCAAUUAUACUGCAAGCUGUUGAUAGGAUGGCUGUUGUUAAAAUAGACCUAAAGUAGCUCAAAUCACCACGACUUGCUGGAACAAUUUUCUAGAUUGAACUUCCAAAUUCAUGUUCCUGUUCAGAUUUUCAGAGUACAUUCUUAUUGUCCCUUCUUUUCAAUACAGACUAAUAGAAAAGAGUCAGACACCGAUUAAGUGGUGUAAGGAAGAAGGUAAAAUGUGACUGGAAAUCGGGGGAGGGGAAAGGAGAAGCUGGCCUAGGAAUGUGACUCUGAAGAGAAUCCAGGAUUUUGGCAGUUCUUGCUAAGCACAUCCACUGGAGGAGAGCCAUAAAAUUUUACAAAAAUAAUUAUGCUAAAUUAAAAGGAAAUUAAGUAUUGGAUCUCAGACUAUGACUGCCAUAGCACACUUCUCUGAUUCAUAUACCAGGUAUUCUGCCAGUGAACUAUUGCCUGGGAAAUGGAAGGCAUUAGGUUUUUGUGAAAUUCUCCUGGUUUAGACAAGGUUCUUAUGUGUAUAAAAUGGUCUUGUUUGGCUAAUUGCCCAAAGUUUGUUGAGCUUUUUACCAACCACACAGCACUGGCCUCCUAUUUCCAUUUUUUCCUUUUAUGAGAUGGAGUUGGAAGUGACUACUGCAAGCUCAGGAUUCAUAAAUUAUCCUUAAGUUUAUUCAGUGCCUUUCCUCAAUGGAGCUUAAAGCAUAGCACAUAAAUUUUAUCUUAUUUAGCCCUAGAGCAUCACUAAGAAGCAACUAGGAACUGCAGCUUGCCACAUAGGUUAUGCUUGUACCAGAUCAGUGGAGAGGUUUAAGAUUGCUUCUUAAGUACCCCAGAGUCAGGAGAGUUAAAGCCUUUGUUCUUUGGGCUGCUUUCCUUUGCAUUAACCUUCAUCCCUUAGGUCACCCCAUUUCUGAAUACAUUUGUUCCAGCAGUAUUUCUAUAAUUACUUAGCAUUUGAUAGACUUCUUCCUUGAUAUUUUUAACAGUAUGUCUCAGUUACAUAUUAAAUUAUGGAAGAAUAUAUGAUUAUUUCAAGCAACGACAUUCUCAUUGCCAGUGGCAGUGCCCCACUGGUUCAAAGAAAGGUGUUCUUGGAUUAUGCAUUUCAUAUCUAAAUGGCCUUUGUAUUUUCUUCCCUUACUUGUGAAACAAUGUGAACGAUAGUUUUAAGGGCAAUAAAAAGUUGAAGAU